AUAUAGAGCAAGCCUUGAUAUGAUAACACACCUGUAUUUCGAUUGAAUUUUAUCAGCUGCAUAGUGGUGAGGUCUAGUGUGAUGUGAAUCCAUUAUGGUGCCUAAGGAGUUUCGGAAGUCAUUGUGUAUCGCAGCAGGCUGGAUCACCCUGGUAGAGGCAUUGGUUUGGGUGGCAAUAGGCAUAUACAGCAUCGGGGAAUAUGGCUGCACCUGGGACUUCUUUAGUACUAAUAAAGGAGCAUCAACAGGGACCCUGCUCUACAUUACAUACUUCAUGGGGGAAUGCAGGGGGGCAACAGCAGCUCUAGGUCUGGGGUUUAAUAUCAUACCCCCCACUGAAUCUGCUCGUAUACUCAACAUCUGGAUAUGGGCCUUCGCUGUCACAUCUGCAGUCUGGAUACCUGCCUCCAUUCUACUCAUUGUGGCAGCAAUGGGAGAGGUGAGAGGAAAGACUGCAGCAGUUUUGUACCGACCUUGGAUUACUCUUAGUGGAGCCCUUAUCAUCCUGGACUUGGCAGGUGGCAUCUUCCACCUUGUGAACUUAUUCAAGACAAGGACUCCAGAUGACUUUGCUGAGUUUGUUGGAUCCAGGAGUUGGCAGGACCUCACCAAACUGUCCAGUAGUGGAGUGACAACAUGGCUGCCGUCAUUGUUUGUCACUCUUCUCUUCACCAGGGUUCUCAUUAUCUGGCUGCUCAACAUAUACCUAGUCUAUGGUGUCUUCAGGGCCAGCAGUGCAGUUGGCUUGUACACUACCAAAUAUGUAGAGUCACCCCUGACUACUACAGAGAAGAAAAAAACUUGGAAAGAUAAAUUUUAUCAGGGACCUGAUCCCGCUUUAUUUGAACGGCCAACUAGAAGAAGUAUGGUAACCACCAGCAGUACAGCCAACCAGCAGUCACCAGACAUCAAACCAGCUGAAACUGAGCAAGUGCGACCGAGGAGCUUGGCAGAGAGUGAACCAGCCAAGAGCGAGCCAGCCAGUGCACCAACACAUGACCUGACACAUGACCUGAGACAUGACCUUUCUCCUAACAGGUAUCGAGAAGAUGAGUUUGGGAUUCCUAUUGAAGAAUUAGACUUAACAGAACCGAACGAAACUGGAAACACCCAGAAAAAAAAUACAUUUCCGAGAUCUCCAUACCCACCAACUGGACGAGUGUACGACUAUACUGGGCGGCCUGUGAAGCCAGAAUCUGUCCCAGACAAGUGGCAAGACAGUCCACCCCCCAUGGCGAGCGGUGUCCAAGUACCACCGGAACUUAACAAGUUCGAACCAUUCUCAUAUAUGGCCGGUGACCAACCGCAGUUUAUCAAGCGACAAUUGAGUCGUAGCAGUUCACGCCCAGAAAUGCCCCCACUUAUACCUCGGCCUGAUUACACAAUAGUAGACAGGCGUCCUGCCUCUCUGGAGUAUAUCCCAAACCGGUUCAAGGUGCCAUCACCCAAGCGUCCACUUCCAUCUCAGAGUUCGUUUAACUUCGAGGGAGGCCAGCGUUCUCCAACUACACCCAAAAUGGCUCCUGUCCCGCCCAGGAAACCGAUGGUGUAUCCGAGGUCAUCUAAGCCACCCAUAUCUGAGAACCCUACACAGGCAAGAUACCUCCCCCAGCAGGCUGUACCCAGUCAACAGCAAGCCUACUUCACAAGACAAACUUCUCAAGGGAACAAUUACAACAUCAACAAACUGUACUAAAAACUGAAUCAAUUCCGACCAUCUCACCGUUCUGCUAACAACGAUUAAUCUAUUUUAAAAUUAAGGAAUUAUUUUAAAAGCUUGGAUAGUAAUUACUGUACAGUUAAAAAUUGACACAUUUUGAUUUAAAUUAUAUUAUAAAUCAAAAUUGCGGAUUCAAAAAUAUUUUGUUAUUAGAAAAAUUAUAUAGUGUCAUUAUAUUGGAAACAUUAUUCUUAUAUUAUUGUCUUUAUUUUAAAAUACGAGUUUUUAAUUGUUACAUUAUGUCAAACACAAUGUGUUUGUUCGUAAUUAAAUACCAAGGAGCAAGAUAACUUGAUUUAGGCAAUAUUUCUAUAAUGUAUAGCACAAUAAAACUUCAAGUACAAUAAUUGCAGCAUAAGUUUUGUUACAACAUAGAAUGAUAUUCAUUGUUGUUUUUGUCUCAAUAAAGAUUUUUAUUUUUUCGUUUAUUA